UUGCCUACAGCGCGACGGAGUCAGAUUCCUCUCACUGACAGUCAAAGACAUCUAUAGCACUUAGUGAAUUCAGAGAGGGACCUUCCAAAGCAAACUUCACAGAAAACUUUUUGUUCUUCCUGAAGAGGAAAAAGGAAGCAGAAAAGGGGAAAAUCCAACUGGGUGAAGAAGUGGUCGUGAGGGGAGAAAAGCCGUGCCUUUUAAAAAGGAAUCUCAACAACUUUUGCUGCCAGGAUGCCUUUGCUUCUGACUAGAGGACUGGCGUUGUUAUUUUGCUGGAUUAUAGUGCGAAGUUCCCCAACCCCAGGAUCGGAGGGGCACAGUUUAGUCACUGAUUGCCCAUCCUGUGCCCUUGGCACCCUCUCCAAGGAUGUGCCCAGCUCCCAGCCUGAGAUGGUGGAAGCAGUAAAGAAGCAUAUCCUGAACAUGUUGCACUUGAGGGACAGACCUAACAUCACUCAGCCAGUGCCCAAGGCUGCACUUUUGAAUGCUAUCAAGAAACUCCACGUCGGAAAAGUGAGAGAGGAUGGCAAUGUGGAAAUAGAGGAUGACAUUGGAAGAAGAACAGAAAUGAAUGAACUGGUGGAGCAAACAUCUGAGAUCAUAACGUUUGCAGAAUCAGGUCCUGGCAGGAAAAUGCUGCAUUUUGAAAUCUCUAAGGAAGGCAGUGAACUGUCAGUUGUGGGUCAAGCUGAUGUGUGGCUUUUCCUCAAAGUGUCUAAAGCUAACCGGACCAGAACGAAAGUGACCAUUCGACUCUAUCAGCAGCAGAAACUGCCAAAGCGCAGCUCUCAACUUGCGGAAGAGAACGGUGGACUGAAGGGAGGGAAAAGUGAAAUUCUCAUCUCUGAAAAGGCAGUUGACACUCGUAAAAGUACCUGGCACAUUUUCCCAGUCUCCAGUAGUGUUCAGCGUCUCCUGGAUCAGGGAAAGAAUUCUCUGGAUGUGCGGGUUACUUGUGACCAGUGUCAAGAAACAGGAGCCAGUCUGGUGUUGCUAGGAAAGAGGAAGAAAAAGGAAGAAGAUGCAGAAGGUAAUGAAAGCACAGGAGAAGAGGAGAAAGAGCAAUCACAUAGGCCCUUCCUGAUGAUGCUGGCCAGGCAUUCAGAGGAUCGGCAGCACAGGCGGCGGAGGCGAGGCCUUGAGUGUGAUGGCAAAGUCAACAUUUGCUGCAAGAAGCACUUCUUUGUUAGCUUCAAAGACAUUGGUUGGAAUGACUGGAUCAUUGCCCCACAGGGCUACCAUGCCAAUUACUGCGAAGGCGAUUGCCCCAGCCAUAUUGCAGGCACAUCGGGUUCUACCCUCUCUUUCCACUCCACUGUUAUCAACCAUUACCGCAUGAGAGGCCACAGUCCUUUCUCCAACCUCAAGUCAUGCUGCGUGCCUACCAAGCUACGACCGAUGUCUAUGCUCUAUUAUGAUGAUGGGCAAAAUAUAAUAAAAAAGGACAUCCAGAAUAUGAUAGUAGAAGAAUGUGGGUGCUCAUAGGUGUGUAUGCAUUUUGCAUAUCUACACUUCGGGACAGCCUUUUUAUCAAUUUCAAGAAGACAAUUUGAAAUAAAAUGUAACAGGAAAGACCAAAUACCAAACAAAACGGUCACAUUUUCAACAUAAUAGCAUCUGAUGUUCAAAUUAGAGACAAACAGAAGAAAGAAGAACAACGUUCCUAGGGCUUGGAUGAGUAACACUCAAAUGGUGUGGGCAAGGGCAAUUCUUAUCAUAUAUGCUCUAUAUUUUAUCGCAUGGUAUUUCACACUUAUCAACAAGGGGAGAUACCUUUUUCUCCCUAAUGUUACCUAUGCAUUCAAGCCCAGAUAACAGCAUACCUGAAAUACAGCAAUUUGGCUGUUAAAUCCAAAAUGGUAUUAAAAUUCUAAAAAAGCCAUGUGUAUGAACACUACAUUCACUGGCACUUUUAUUCCCAUGAAUUUACCUAGGACACAAUGAGUGUGCACAUAUGUGAUUGUGCAGGUUUCUUAUGGCAAACGCAUACAAAGAGCACACUUGUGAAUAUAUUAUGGUAAAGGGGACAAUUAAUGCGCAGGUGUACUCACCUUUAUUUUCUGCACUAUUUUUGCAAAAAAGUUUUUAAAAAGUAGAAAGAAAGAAAGAAAAGAAAGAAA